GGAACCCUAGCACCGCUUAUCUUUCUUCUGCGUGUGUCUUCCAACAGCCAUCCUCUCUCUCUCCCGAAUCUCGCAGCCAGAGAGAGAUGUCGGAUCAGAAAUUGACGCGUAUCGCUAUUGUGAGCUCCGACAAGUGCAAGCCUAAGAAAUGUCGCCAGGAGUGCAAAAAAAGUUGCCCUGUUGUCAAAACAGGUAAACUUUGCAUAGAAGUGACUCCUGCAUCCAAGAUAGCUUUCAUCUCAGAGGAGUUGUGUAUUGGAUGUGGUAUUUGUGUGAAGAAAUGUCCAUUUGAAGCAAUCCAGAUUAUUAACCUACCAAAAGACUUGGACAAGGAUACAACCCAUCGUUAUGGUCCUAACACCUUUAAGUUGCAUAGAUUACCUGUACCGAGACCCGGGCAAGUUCUGGGCCUGGUGGGAACUAAUGGCAUUGGAAAAUCUACUGCGCUUAAAGUUUUGGCUGGGAAGUUGAAACCUAACUUGGGACGCUUUAAAAAUCCUCCUGAUUGGCAGGAAAUAUUGACUUAUUUUAGAGGAUCUGAGCUGCAAAAUUACUUCACCCGAAUUCUUGAAGAUAAUUUAAAGGCAAUCAUCAAGCCCCAGUACGUCGAUCACAUCCCUAAAGCUGUUCAAGGCAACGUUGGACAAGUUCUUUCUCAGAAAGAUGAGAGAGAUAUGAAACAAGAACUUGCUGCUGACCUUGAGUUGAUUCAGGUUAUGGACCGCAAUGUGGGAGAUUUAUCUGGUGGAGAGCUUCAGAGGUUUGCCAUAGCUGUUGUUGCUGUGCAGAAUGCAGAAAUUUAUAUGUUUGAUGAACCAUCAAGUUAUCUUGAUGUUAAACAAAGACUCAAAGCUGCCCAAGUUGUCAGAUCCCUGCUUCGACCUAAUAGCUAUGUGAUUGUGGUAGAGCAUGAUCUUAGUGUGCUCGAUUAUUUGUCGGACUUCAUAUGCUGUCUUUAUGGGAGACCUGGUGUAUAUGGGGUGGUUACUCUUCCAUUCUCUGUUAGAGAAGGAAUUAAUAUUUUCCUAGCUGGAUUUGUGCCAACUGAAAAUCUUAGGUUUAGAGAUGAAUCUCUUACAUUUAAGGUUGCAGAGACUCCACAAGAAAGUGCUGAAGAAAUUGAAACGUAUGCAAGAUACAAGUAUCCAACCAUGACUAAGACUCAGGGAAACUUCAGGCUCAAGGUUGUGGAGGGUGAAUUCACUGAUUCACAAAUUAUUGUGAUGCUUGGAGAAAAUGGAACAGGAAAGACAACCUUCAUACGGAUGCUGGCUGGCCUUCUGAAACCUGAUUCUGUAGAAGGAUCUGAUGUGGAAAUUCCUGAGUUCAAUGUCUCUUACAAGCCACAGAAAAUCAGUCCUAAAUUUCAGAAUACUGUGAGAAUGCUGUUGCAUUCAAAAAUUCGUGAUUCAUACAUGCAUCCACAGUUUGUAUCAGACGUGAUGAAACCUCUAUUGAUUGAACAAUUGAUGGAUCAAGAGGUUGUGAAUCUUUCUGGUGGAGAAUUACAGAGAGUUGCCCUCACUCUUUGUCUUGGAAAGCCAGCCGAUAUAUAUUUGAUAGAUGAACCAAGUGCAUAUCUCGACUCAGAGCAGCGUAUUGUUGCUUCAAAAGUCAUAAAGAGAUUCAUACUCCAUGCGAAGAAGACUGCAUUUGUAGUGGAGCAUGAUUUCAUCAUGGCAACAUACCUUGCUGAUAGGGUGAUUGUGUAUGAAGGAAAGCCAUCCAUUGAUUGUGUUGCCAAUUCACCUCAAUCACUUUUGACUGGAAUGAACCUGUUCUUAUCUCACCUGGAUAUAACGUUCAGAAGAGACCCCACGAAUUUCCGGCCUAGAAUCAACAAACUGGAGUCGACUAAGGAUCGGGAGCAGAAGGCCGCUGGAUCUUAUUAUUAUUUGGAUGACUAACUUGCAGCCAUAUGCUCCCCGGUUACCACAUUUCCUUGCACCUGGAUGUCAACAGAAUGUUGUGGUUCUCGAAGCUGAAGAUGAGUAUGGUGCAUCUUGUGGUUCUCAAAGUUGAUGAGGUCGGAGGUUGUUUUUGCAGUGACGUGAUCGAAUGCUUAUUGGACAACAGUGCUGGCUGGGUCCCCAGCUAGUUUUUUUUUUUGUUCAAAAGUUUCAGAUUAUGAGAGAGUUGUAACUGAGUAUUUGCCUUCUGUUUUUUUUUUUGGUGUUAAGCACACAUCGACCAAUAUAUCUGUACCCUAUUUACUCAUUUUUGUUUUAUGGACGAAAAUUAUUGGUUACAA